AUGAGGGACUGGCCUAAUGCCGAUCUAUGCCAUAUACUGGCCUUCUACCUCACUGCAGAGGACAAGAUUAAGAUAUUUUCUCCACGGAAUGUAUCCCACCACUUGAACAUGGAAGAUCUGUUACAGGAAACUAUCGAUCAAAUAGGCAAACAUGUCACUGAAGCGGCAUGGGAACGCGCAAACGGAGAUAAAUCCACUUUCAUGCACAAGAUGAUUAAGGCAGCGGAAGGCCUUGGUCAAUGGUUCAACAAUUCAGUGGACAAGAAGUCACCAGAGUCGAUGCGAAACUUGGAUCAAGCUGUCCCAGGUUUGUCGCAAGCUGUUGGAUCAAUGCAGAACCUUCUUGCGUUCUUUCAGCAUAUCUACAGCUCUCAUGGUGUCACCAUUGGUCCUACCCCUGACAGAUUUACAGUCAAAUGCCAUCGAGCUCACACUAGCUUUGCAAAGAUGAAGUCUGAUGCCGCAAUCAAUUUCAUCGGCAAUGCUGGUACCUCUGAUGAGACUGUGAAUGUUACAGAUGUUAUCAACUAUGGAUAUGGACCGUCUGAUUAUCAAGACGAGGGUUCUGAACCCGACUUGGUGAAGUUCAUGCGAAGCAUGGAGGAGUUCAGGGAGCUCUCCAGUGAUGCGCAUGCCUAUCUACUUGUACCACAGGAGAAGAUAGCAGAAGAUCUCAUUGAUUGUUGCGGUUAUGCGGGGGAGAUGGUGGCAGCCAUUUCUCAGCUUGAGAGCGCUAUUGUUUAUCCAGUUGGCAGUUCAGGCACUCCAGGUAUAAAAGCGAGACCGCAGCUUAGGUCUGCGUCAACGGGAUUGUACAGGAGAGUCGUUGACCUCAGUAAUACUCCGGCAGGCUCCGAUGAUGGAAGAUACCCUGCUGGACAGCACAGGAAAGUUAUGCUCUCUGGUUUAUAA